AUGAAUAAUAAUUCAUUAAUCUAAGUUUAAGUCAAAGAUUAUAUCCAAUCUCCAAAAUAGACAACUAAUAGAAAGUUAAUAUCAAAAAAGAUACAACCUUUUAUGAAGGCUUAUAGUCUAAAGCCAGAAUUUUUUGAAAUUAAAGGUAAGUAAAUAGUAUUCAAAUAUAAUAACUCAACUAAUCUUAGCAAUCUCAAUAAAACUAUGUUUUCUACACUACAUCCUAUGAAGUAAUAAUUGUAGAAGAAAUAGAUGUAUCAAAAAAAUGAUCUUGUCUAAAAGUCAGUUGUUUCAUUACAUGAUUUAUAGGUGUUGCCUCUUUCUACAAAAUAUGCCAAUCUGCUUGAAGAAAUAUAAAAAAGCGAAGUUUCUUAGAUUUAUAGCGAUUAAAGAACUUAAAAACUUUCAAUGUUUGAAUUAAACCAAGAGGAAUAGUAAAAUAAAAACAAAAACUAUUAACGCAAUUCUCUUAAAAAAGGCAUUUUAGAACUUGAAAAGUAAGUUUUUAUUAUUACUAGGAUUAAAAAAACUAAAAUAGAUGAACUAUAAAAUUUAUAGAAUAAAAUUGAAUAAAUAAAAUUAAUAGGCUAGGACAAUACUUCUUAAAUUUUAAUUAAAACUUAAAAAAAACCUACUCAAAGAGAAAUAAAAAAUAAAGCUGCGACAAAAAUCUAGGCCUAUGUAAAAAAAUGGAUUUAAUAAAAAAAUUAUAAAAAAUGGAAAAAUAAUAAAUUAGAGAAACUAAGAAAAGCAAUUUUUAUUUAGAAAUGGUGGCGAUAUUAAUUGAAAUUUAGUAAGAGAAAGAAUAAGUUUGACCUUGGUCAUUAUAAUAAAAAAGUAAAAUUAAUUGAUGAACAUCCAUUUAUUAUAUUAUCUAAUUAUUCCUAUUAUUUGAAAAGAAUUAGAAUAUUAUUAGUCGAGAGAAAGGGAAAAAUAAAAUAAGAUUUUAGAUUUUACAUAAAUCUUAUUGAUUGUUAAGCUAUUUUAAAUGAAGAAAUUACAAAAGAUUCUUAUGAGUUUAACAUUUUAAUAGACUUGAUUACAAAUUCUAUUAUAAAUUAGAUCUUCUUUGAGAAUAAAUUAAUAAAAAUUGAUUUAGAGAGAAAAAAUAUUUUACAUAUUCCCAGAUUAAUGUUGUAUAUUGAAAUUUAAAUAAAUUAGAUAUUAGGUAAUAAAUAUUAAGUACUCAUUUUUUAAUAGCAAAAUUAAUUCAUUGAAAAACAAAAAUUUAUUGAGAUCAUUGAAAACUAAGAAUUCAAUUAAAACUAAGAAUUGAUUGAAAAAAAAGAAUUCAUUGAAAAACAAGAAUUGAUUAAAAAACAAGAAUUAAUUAUUGAAAAAUAAGAAUUAAUUGAAAAAUAAGAAUUGAUUGAAAAACAAAAAUUCAUUAUUGAAAACAAAGAAUUCAUUGAAAAAUAAGAAUUAAAGAGUUAAUAAUACUCCGAAUAAGAGAAAGUUAAUGAUUAUGUAGACCAAUAAAUUAUAAAUUAUAAAGGAAAUAAUGAAUAUUUAGAAUAAGCAACAGACACUAAAAUAGUAGAAUAGGAGGUUCAUUUUUUGGAAGAAAAUGAUGAUAAGGCAAUUAAAAUUAAUAAUUAAAAUUUGAAUAAUUUUAUAGAAAACUUUUAAUAAUAAAAUGAGCUAGAAAAUAUUUAAUCAAAAAUCGAUUAGAAAUAAGGAAUUUCUAAUUUAGAUGAAAAUAAAGAAUAAUCAAAUUCUUAGCCUAAUAAAAAUAUUAAAGAUUUCAUCUAAGAAAAGUAAUAUGAUAAUGAAGACAUUAAACAAAUUGACUAAGUUGAUAUUCAAGAAAAAAAAGAUGAAUUAAUAAUAGAUUAUUUAGAAUAAGAGAAAUCAUAGACAGAUGAACAGAAUAAUGUAUUACUUAAUUCAAAAAUUGAUGAAUAAAAGGAGCAAAAUUUAUAUGAAAUACAAUAAGUACAAAAUACAACAAAUAAAAAUUCAUCUAUUGAUAUUAAUGAAUAUCAAUAGAGUUUCGAUAGAAUAAAUGAUGAUUAAAUUAUAUAUGAAGAAUAAAAUGAGUAAAUUAAAUAAUUUGAUAAUUAUACGGAUAUGUAAAUGAAUUCUUAAAAAGAUAAUAUUAUUGAAAUGGAAGAGAAAUUUGAUUAAAAAGAAGAUAUCCACAUUUAAUUUAGUAAAGAUUUAUAAUAAGAAAAUAAUAAAUAAGAAUAUUAAAAAGAAAUAAGAUUGUAAGCAUAAAUAAAAAAUAUAUAAGAUAUUGGAAAUAAAUCCAAUAUUGAAAUUAGUUAAGAACUUUAAUAAAAUCAAAAAAGUAAUACAAUAUCUGAAGAAAAUAAAUAAUUUUAGAACGAUUAUGUAGAGAAGUAAUAAGAAAUUUAAAGAGAGUAACAUCUAAAUAAUUUUGGAACUUAUAAUUAUCAACCUAUUGAAGAUGAAAAUAAUAAUUAAUUUAAUAUUCUAGAUUAAAAUUAAAAAUAGGAGAAUAACUAGGAUAAUAAAAGUCAAAAUAAUAUUCUAGAUGAUUAACAAAAUGAUGAUUUGGAGAAUAAAUGCAUUUCUGAAUCCAUAGAAUCAAGGUAAUAAAAUAAAAAUAGUCAAAUUUAAGUAGAGGAGGAAUUUUAAGAAAAAUUCAAUUCAAGAUAAUCAUAAAUUUAUGAAGAAGAAAGUUAAACGAAUAAAUUUUAAUAAAGUAUGGGAUUAAAAGAUUCUUAAGAAGAAUUUCAAGUAUUCCCAUAGUUUAAUAAUACUUUGAAAAAAUAAGAUUCUUUGGAGCAUUCUUAAUAAAAUAUUUAAGAAUAAUAAGCGAUUUAAAUAACAACUCUUGUUAUAGAUGGAAUAGAAAUAGAUGUAUUUAAGUUAAAUUAAGAAAUUUAAUUUAAGGAUAAGUAAAAUUUUUUAUUCUAGUGUGAUUUUUAGAUUUUUCAAACUUCUUAAUCUACUAUAGACUUUAUUUAAGCUUAAUUAUUUAUUUAUAUAAUGAAGAAUCACAUAAGAUGUUUAAAAGUUGAAUAUGUAUUAAAGAUUUAAAGGUUUGUUAAAAAAUUUAGAUUUGUUAAAUCAGCAUUACUAAAUUUAAAAAAAGAAUUAUUUUUGAUAAAUUUAUAUAAAUCGUGUAAGAUUUAUUAUUUAUAUAGGUAUUUCAAUGUAGAUUCUAAUUUUUAAGGAUGAUAAAUUUGAAUAGAAAUUAUUAAUGAAAAAUCUUAACAAAAAUUAUAGAGCAAAAUUACAUAAAUAAUUUUUGUCUAUAUGUCCAUAACUAAUAUAAUUUAAAGGAUUUGAUGAAGAAGAUAUAAUAAGAAUAUUAGAGAAAUUAGGUUGCAAAAAUUGA